AUGUUGACCAAGUUGACCUUGGCGUCUGCUUUGCUCGGCGUUCACGCCGCUGCUUUCCCAGCACCUCAGGAGAAUGCCUCCAGUGCGGGCACUGCUGCGUCGACGGGCAAUGCCAGCAACCAGAGGGGCAACCUGCCCGGCUACACCAACGCGGAUGCACCAUUCGGUUCAUACACUCCCAGCCCGAUCACUGCCGUGCCCACCAGCUUUGGCCUCAAUUCUGCCGUCCCUGCCAUAUUCACCACGGCACCAAAUGGCACCCAGUCAGGCGCUGCUGCCCCUCAGCGAAGUUCUUUGCCGACCGGUCCAACGAGCCACGGUCCCUUUACUGGACUACCAACCACUGUUGGUGCCGUCUCCACGACCGUGAUCGCCGCCUCCAUUCCAACUCUCCCUCCGAAUCCAACCGCGACAUACUACAACACCAAUGGCACCCCCCAGAAGCCUCAGCCAGCGCCGUACGUGCCAGCCGGAGGUCUCGGCACGAAUGGCUCUCUGCCGCGAUACAUGGUGGAGAGUGAUUUCGACUACGAGUCCAUCCAGUUGGGUCUCUACCAGGAAUGGAUCGAGUUGGAUCUCUUCAACAACGGCCUCGCGAUCUUCUCCGAGGAGGACUUCUUAGCCGCCGGUCUCACCGCCGAAGACCGAUCCCUGAUCGCCUUCAUGGCGCAGCAGGAGCAGGGCCACGCCACCCUGCUCUCCAACAUGCUCGGCCACACCGCCGUCCCCCAAUGCACCUACGACUACCCCUUCAAGAACGUGCGCGAAUUCGUCGACUUCAACCAGAUCCUCACCCGCUGGGGCGAAUCCGGCGUCUGGGGUUUCAUCAACCACCUCGACUCGCGGGAGGUCGGACAGCUCCUCGCGCAAUCCAUCGCGACCGAAGCCCGCCAGCAGAUGAUCUUCCGACAGAUGAGCGGCCUGCACCCGAUGCCCGUCUGGUUCGAAACCGGCAUCCCCCAAUCCUGGGCCUGGACCUUCCUCGCGCCCUACAUCAGCAGCUGCCCCGCCAACACCACGCGACUCGCGUGGCAGAACUUCCCGGCGCUGCACGUCGCCAACCAGGCCAACAUCAACCGCGUCAGCCCCAACGACACCGCGGACUGGGAACGCGCGGACAACCGCACCUCCAGCCCGGCGACCCUGCCCGCCCAGAACGCAAGCUGCCUCAACCUGAACGUCACCGGCCACGGCUGCGGUCCCGCCAUCGCACGCAACCGCUCCGAGCCGCUCUCCUUACCGGGCAAACAGGUCCGCUUCCUCUGGGACACGCCCGGGGCGCCCGUCGGGCCCAACAACAGCUACAUCACGAGCUCGGCCGCGGGGCCCCCGCGGUUCGUCGCCUGGGUCGCCCAGCUCAACCUCACCUACACGCCGCUGACCGUCACGGGCCCGAACCAGGGCUACACCUAUCAGCCCGCCGGGGAGGUCUACGCGGGCGGCCAGGGGAUCGUGAACGACACCAUGUUCGUGGCGCUGACGGAUUCGGAUCUGUUCCUGACGCCGUUCAACCUGAGCAUGAUCAACCCGCAUGUGGUCGCGCUGGGCGUCUACCAGGCUGGUUGAAGGCGUCAUGUGGAUCCCGGGGCGAGAAAGAUGAAGUGGACGAUAAUUAUAACGCGAGUCAAAUGGGAUAAUGUAUGUACAUAACGAAGGAAUGGAUGGAAAUGACAAGAUUAUGGCAACGAGAACAAUCUCCCACGCCCGCAUAUACAUCAAUGCUCUGCUCCCUGUUUGUUCG